AUGUCGGCCGAUCAUUCCAGAGAUCCUUGUCCUGUGGUAGUCCUCAGCGAUUUCGGUGGUGCUUUUGCAAUGGGUGUCAUUGGUGGCUGCGUAUGGCACGGUAUCAAAGGUUUCAGAAACUCGCCCAUGGGCGAACGUCACUUGGGUGCCGUGAGCGCCAUCAAGGCCAGAGCUCCCGUUGUAGGAGGUAACUUUGGUGUGUGGGGUGGUUUGUUUUCUACCUUUGACUGUGCCGUGAAAGCAGUCCGCAAGAGAGAAGACCCAUGGAACGCCAUUAUUGCUGGUCUUUUCACCGGUGGCUCUUUGGCUGUCAGAGGUGGUUGGAGACACACCAGAAACAGUGCCAUCAUGUGUGGCUGUCUCUUGGGUGUUAUGGAAGGUGUCGGUUUGAUGUUCCAGAGGUACGCCGCUUGGCAAGCCAAGCCUAUGGCUCCUCCUUUGCCAGAGCCCCAACCAGCACAACCUCUACGUGCUUAA